AUGAAAACACUCGACAAACGGCUAGAAGCUCAGCUGCUGCAAAAGGAUAAUGUGGAAAGGGCAGAUGCCCUCCACUUAUCGGUGGAAGAAUUUGUUGAGCGAUAUGAAAAGCCUUAUAAGCCUGUAGUCCUGUUGAAUGCUCAGAUGGGCUGGUCUGCCCAAGAGAAGUGGACUCUAGAACGCUUGAAGCGCAAGUACAGAAACCAGAAGUUCAAGUGUGGUGAGGACAAUGAUGGGUACUCUGUGAAGAUGAAGAUGAAAUAUUACAUAGAGUAUAUGGAGACUACACGUGAUGACAGUCCCCUCUACAUCUUUGACAGCAGCUAUGGAGAGCACCCUAAGCGCAGGAAACUCCUGGAAGACUACAAAGUACCCAAGUUUUUCACCGAUGACCUUUUCCAGUAUGCAGGAGAGAAACGUAGACCACCGUAUAGAUGGUUUGUAAUGGGCCCACCCCGAUCAGGAACAGGAAUUCAUAUUGAUCCUCUGGGCACCAGUGCUUGGAAUGCCUUAGUUCAUGGACAUAAGCGCUGGUGCCUCUUCCCUACCAGUACUCCCAGAGAGUUGAUCAAAGUGACACGGGAAGAAGGAGGGAAUCAACAAGAUGAAGCCAUCACUUGGUUCAGUAUCAUAUACCCUAGGACACAGCUCCCUACCUGGCCUCCUGAAUUUAAACCCCUGGAAAUUGUGCAGAAACCAGGCGAGACCGUCUUUGUGCCAGGUGGCUGGUGGCACGUAGUUCUCAAUCUCGAUACAACCAUUGCUAUCACACAGAACUUUGCCAGCUGUACCAACUUCCCAGUGGUAUGGCACAAGACAGUAAGAGGAAGGCCAAAAUUAUCAAGGAAGUGGUACAGGAUCCUAAAACAGGAGCAUCCUGAACUGGCAGUAUUGGCUGAUUCAGUUGAUCUACAGGAAUCAACAGGAAUCGCUUCUGAUAGUUCCAGUGAUUCCUCUAGUUCCUCUAGCUCCAGCUCCUCGGACUCUGAUUCAGAGUGUGAUUCUGGCUCUGAGACUGAAGGGAUGACGCAUAGGAGGAAAAAAAGGAGAACCUGCAGCAUGAUGGGUAAUGGUGACACUACCUCUCAAGAUGACUGUGUGAGCAAAGAACGCAGCUCCUCCAGGAUUAGGGACUCUUGCGGAAGCCGUGCUCAUCCUUGAGACAACAAGAACCAUCUAGAAGCAUCUGCCACUUGAAGCUUCAUUAACAGCCAGCUCUGUUCUACCCCAUAGCUCCUAUCUACAAAUAUGAUCUUUCUCAAGUUUUCACCAGUUCUACUUUGAUCCAAAUUCCUAUCUUCCAUCAUGUGCUGACUAAGGAUGACUCUUUGCUAACUAAUGGAGGGGGGCUCCCACGUCUGAAUUAUUGUGCAAUGCUUAGUGCACUUCUGUGCCCCCAAGUAAAUGCACUAAAUGACCUGAAAAUAACCCAGCUCUGGGCAAGGACAUGCCAUGUUUCUUACAGUUCAUGAGACUGGCAAGGAAAAGUCUGAUACCUGCUUUUAAAGAACUGUUUUAAAACCAGAAGCUACAUCCGGAAACCUACCCUGCUUUGAUACUGUCAUAUGUUUAUUUGUACUGAUAAAACUAGGAAAGGAUCUUGGUACCUUUUCUCUACACUGACAUCCAGUGAAUACGGUACUGGAAUGCUGAAAGGGAGACAGACUCUGUUAUGUAUUCUGAACACUGAAGUGAUUUCAAAUGAUGAGAAAUGACUAACUGUUGGAAGCACCUUUUGUGGUCUUAUUAAUCUAUGUACACUCGAAGCCAAAAUAGCAUAGUUACACCUUACCCAGCAAUGAUCAUACUUACUUAUGCUUAGUAUUUGCCAUGUUAAGUCUAAAAAGAUGAACUGGCACUUGGGUGUAGUACUGGAGCUUGAAGGUACAAGAGGUGUGUGGUUUGCAUACUAGAAGUCGCUGUCUAUCAAGCUACCCAUGAACCUUAGCUGUAGGGGGAAAAUAGUAAAGGAGGGGUGGGUAUUUUGUGUUAAACAUUUUAAAAUAAUAUGUGAUGCUUGGUUUCAUACAGUGGUAUUGUGCCAAGAUAAACACUCAUCCCCAAGCAGUCUACUGUGAUGGUUGAGAUUAAUUUAUCAGGACCUGUGCGUUAAAGCUUUCCCAUAACCUGCUCCUAGCCACCUUAGGGGCUGUGCUUGGGAGGGGCAGAGAAAUACCCAUUUUUCUCUGAUAUGAACACUGCACCCAAAAGCCAGCUAAUUGGGCUAUCUCUCUUUGCACCCUCCUGAGCGCUAACUGAUGAGGGAUUUACUUCAUUUCAGUCUUGCUGUUUGGGUGUGAGAACUGAAAAUAGAGGGACAUUGCACUCUCUGUCAUAAGCGGUAAUGCCUAGGCACUAAGAUUUUCAGUCUGUGGGGCGCACCCUCUCAGGGGCUACAGAAUAACAUUCAGGUGGUUGCAGUUGGGGCCUGGACCAGUCCUCACAAGGGGUGGAGGAGCACUGUGCAUCACAGCCCCCAGCUGCAGGCCUCGGUCCUCAUCUGACAGUCCAUUCCUGCCCUGCCCCACCCUUGGCCGCUUUACGCCUGUCUGUGGGUCCCCUCUCCCAAAGCUGGAGCCACAGCCUCACUGCCAGCUCUGGGUAGAGAAGAGAGGCCAUGAGGUAAAAAGUUUUGGGACCACUGCACUAAUGGCUGAAUUUGCCAGACUUAACUGAAUUAUCUGUAUGCAGUAUAUUAAAGUAGACCCCCUGAAUGCUGUUUUUAAUGUUGUCUUUUACUAUUUAUGAUCCCUCUCCCAUCUCAGGACAAGACACAAUCUGUUGUAAAAGUGAGCCCUGCCUAUCUUGGCUCAUCAGCAAUACAGACCCUCAUUCCCAAGUCUCCUUUGUGCCAGUCACUUUUAUGUAGCAGAGAAAUGGAAGUGAGUUUGUGGGUGAGGCAAGUGGUGCAUCAGUACAUCUCUAAGCAGGAAAUCAAGGGGUGCAUUUGUGGCAGUGGGAAAACAACCAUGCAGACUUUUUUCAAAACUGCUGCAGUCUUUCCUGCAGCGGACUCUACCUUAAGGCUGCUUGGAUCUAAAGGCAGUUUUGUGUCAAAACCAUCCUGCUUCCCUGGCCAAGGGGCACAUUGGCAGCUUGCCCAAAGCCUGCUGCAGGCUACCUUCAUAAAAAUGGAGCAGGCUGAAAGCUUCUCUUAGAACAAAUAGGGGGCUGUGAUGGCUACAGGCUGAGGAGGGUAUUCCCCUCCUAACAGUAUGGGAAUUACAAAGCUCUUAGGGCUGUGGUUUGGGCCAUUGCCUGAUUCAGAGGUCAUUCUCUUGAGCAGCAUGGUUACAGUAAAAUAUUAAGAUGAAGUACAGCUGUAUGAAAGAAAUCUGAUCCUGAGCCCUUGAAGUCUGACAUGGGGAAACCAACCUGCCUCCCACUGCCAAGAAAGCUUCUCCUUUUCCAGCAAUAGCACAGUCUGGUGCUCCAAAGUGCAGAGCACUUCUCCAUGCCUAUGAACAAAUAGAUCAGCAGUGUGACAAUAAAGCUGUCAAUUAAAACAAAAACAGUCUCCUUGUAUUGAAUGGUCUGUAACAGGGCUACUCAACUAUGGAAGCCCCUGGGGCCACAAUGAUACUUGCAAUACAUGCCUAGGGCCGCAACUUAAGUGUGGUUGCACACACAUGCAAAUAUAUGCAAAUACUACUUUCACACUUAUGGGCAUGAAUACAAAAAUUAAGGCAAGACUAUACAAUACACAGGCCCCAUUUAAGUCAGUUCUGCUCAUAUUAAUAAACUGCAAUAUUUAAUUGAUUUCCACCCAUAUGACAGCACUUGUAAUGACUGUCCUGGAAUUUAGCUGCUAAAAUGCAUAUCAACCCAAACUGCACCUAAACCCAACCUACACCGUGGGCCGCAUGUUGAAUAGCCCUGGUCUGUAAGGUAACAUUUGAAAAUAGGUAAUGUCAGCAACUGUAAAUGACUUCCACAAAGCCAUCCUUUGCCUCACCUGAGAAGUAUUGGCUUUGUUCAUGCAACCUGGUACAAUGGCUGGGAUUCUGAACUAGAGAUACUCAGAAAUGUUCAUCGGAACAGGCUGACUCUGCAUAUUGGGUCUGAUGAAAAUUUUGUUGGGAAGGUUCCUUAACUAUAGGAUAGAAUUUCUACUCAAAACUAGACACACAGACUCCGAAUAGCCAAGGCAUGCACCUGUGAUGCAGGAGACCUAGAGUUUAGGUCUUUGCCUAAAAAUUGGGACUUGAAACCUGAGUUUCCUGUAUCCCUGGUGUGUCCUUAAUCACAUGCCUAUAGCAGUAGGCAAUUAUCUGCUGAAUAAUUUAUGAUUUAUACAAAUUGGAACAGCUUCAACAGCAGAGAGCAAGAGAAAGGGAUUGACUAGCCUGCUGGAAUGUGAAAUGCACCUCAAUAUUUUUGGUGAAACCGAAUUCUCGUUUUCCAGCCAGCCUUACUUAGGACUGCUGGGUUGUCUUUUUAGGUCCACUGCUUCCAUGCUUUGUGACCUUAGCCAAAGAGCUAAGGUGACCUCUCCUAUGAAAGAAUGGAUAUGUACCUUGCAGGGAUGUUGUGAACUUUGGUUGAACUGAUGUUUGUAAAACACUUUGGUCCUUCUGCAAAAGGUGUUACAAAUGACUGAAUAUGGCUGAGCCCUUUUAAGCAGGUUGGACAAUGCUUUCAAAAUUAGCACUAGCUCCUCCCACUAACAAGUGCUGGGGUCACAAAGGUUCAGUGCUUCUGGGCACUUGGUCAGCGAUGACUUCAGCAGUGCCCACUUAGUGAAUUGUGCCAAAUGUAGAAGUAGAUUUCUUCGAACUCUGGGAUAAAAAGAUAUUGGUGCCUAAACUUGCUGAAUUUGGAUCCCAGAUUUGCUACUGCAUGUCAGCUUUGCUAUCCUCUCUUUCCAUUUAGUCAAUCAACAUCUGAGACCUGGGACUGUUUGUUUUGUGUUGUGGGUUUCCCUCUCCUCUCCUCCAACCCUCCCCCCCCAUUUAGCAGCUGAUGUGAAACAGUUUUAUCCCCUCUUCCCUUGCUCCAGGUUAAAGUAAGUGACUGGUGAAAUCUUGUCUGAAAUAUAGCUACAGUUCAUACUUUGCUAAUUUCUUUGAAGAUACCUGCUCCAUAUACAUAGGGCAGGGGCAGCCUGUGGCUUCCCUUCCUCCUUUCUCUGUGAUCAGAUUAAUGCCAGCUUCUCCCAACUGCUUCCUAGAAAGACGUCUUCUUGAAUCCCUAGCCAUCCUGUGGGGAUAGAUGGGUGGCACUGUGAAACCUCUGUGCUCACUGGACUUCCAGAGACAGUGCUGUGUGUUCCUCUUUGGAGGAGCAAUGGAGCCUUCUGAUUCAUUUGACAGUUACAAGCCCUAUCACUGCCACUAACUGCUUUUAUCUGUCCUCUGCCAGGCAGAGCUGUGAUGGUCUUAAUUGUUUUGUCAAGAUGACUGUUGCUUUUUAUUUUAAAUAAAAUGAUUAUUUUGCAUUA